UGAAGUUAGUUUACAAUUCUGUUAGAAGAUGAGUUUUUUUGUGUGCAGAAAAAGGAAAAAAGCCCCAAAACUGAAACACAAACCAAAACUAAAUCAUUUCAUUUCUUCUUUCUAUAAGUAUUUACACAGACGCUACCGCGAAAAUACUAAAAAAGGAAUCAUGUUCAAACCAGAUUCAUCCUCUUCCUCAUCUUCAUCCUCCAUAUUAGCUCGUGGCCGGCUGGCCGUGCUCACCGCUCAUCUCGCGGUUGCACCGCGGCUGGAUUCGCCUAUCGUUUUGGAGGCUCAGGGAGUAUCUGCCCUUGUUGUUCCUCCGGGGAACCUUCAUGGCACGUUGACCGUCGUUGAUGAGAGGACGGGUAAGAAGUACCAAAUUCCGGUCUCUGAAAAUGGCACCAUCAAAGCCUCUGAUUUCAAAAAGAUAUCGACGGGGAAAAAUGACAAGGGACUGAAACUUUAUGAUCCGGGCUAUCUGAACACAGCUCCUGUUCAGUCUUCAAUUUCUUACAUCGAUGGUGAUGAGGGUAUUCUCAGAUAUAGAGGCUACCCAAUUGAGGAAUUGGCUGAGAGUAGCACUUUCUUGGAAGUGUCUUACCUCAUACUUUAUGGGAAUUUGCCAUCUGAAAAUCAGUUAGCAGACUGGGAAUUUGCUAUUUCUCAACACUCAGCUGUACCACAGGGCAUUUUGGAUAUUAUACAGGCAAUGCCUCAUGAUGCACACCCAAUGGGUGUGCUAGUUAGUGCAAUGAGUGCUCUUUCUAUCUUUCAUCCUGAUGCUAAUCCGGCUCUUAGAGGGCAAGAUCUUUACAAGUCCAAACAAGUGAGAGACAAACAAAUUGCACGCAUACUUGGGAAGGCCCCAACCAUUGCAGCAGCUGCUUAUUUGAGGUUAGCAGGCAGGCCACCGGUUCUCCCUUCAAGCAACCUUUCUUAUGCGGAGAACUUCUUGUACAUGCUAGACUCAUUAGGUAAUCGAUCUUAUAAACCUAAUCCUCGACUUGCACGAGUUCUAGAUGUUCUCUUCAUUUUGCACGCAGAACAUGAAAUGAAUUGCUCUACUGCUGCUGCCCGGCAUCUUGCGUCCAGUGGUGUUGAUGUAUACACUGCUCUUGCUGGGGCUGUUGGAGCAUUGUAUGGUCCUCUUCAUGGUGGAGCAAAUGAGGCUGUGCUUAAGAUGCUGAGUGAGAUUGGAACUGUUGAAAACAUUCCAGAUUUCAUUGAGGGCGUAAAAAGCAGGAAGCGAAAGAUGUCAGGUUUUGGGCAUCGAGUAUACAAAAACUAUGAUCCCAGAGCAAAAGUCAUUAGGAAACUAGCUGAGGAAGUGUUCUCCAUUGUUGGUCGAGAUCCACUUAUUGAGGUAGCAGUUGCUUUGGAAAAGGCUGCACUAUCUGAUGAGUAUUUUGUUAAGAGGAAGCUAUAUCCAAAUGUUGAUUUCUACUCUGGGUUAAUAUAUAGAGCAAUGGGAUUUCCAACGGAGUUCUUCCCUGUUUUAUUUGCAAUUCCUCGAAUGGCUGGUUAUUUGGCACACUGGCGGGAAUCAUUGGAUGAUCCUGAUACAAAGAUAAUGAGACCACAACAGGUGUACACUGGGGUAUGGCUUCGACAUUAUAUGCCACUCAAAGAACGAAUGGAAGCCAGUGAAGAAGAUAGGCUUGCUCAGGUGUCUGUUUCAAAUGCAUCCAGGCGACGACUUGCUGGAUCUGGGAUAUAGGCUUCCAUUUUGAUUGAUUUAAUGUAUUAGUCUGAGGGGCGAAGAAAGGAGGAAAAAAGAAAAGAAAAGAAAGAAAUAAAUGAUAUGGAAAUUGGAAAGGUGAAAGAAAAAAAGAAAUAAAUAAUAUGGAAAUUGGCAAGGGCAAGGAUGAAUAAAUAUCUUUUUGCCUAAAAAUUUUAGGUGUCUAUCAUAUAGCAUUAAGGGUUUCCUCUUUUAUUUGUAUUCAGAAACAUUAUGAGAUUUGUGCUGUUUUCAGUAAUGCAAUGAAAUUUGUAAUUAGGGACUAUAUUCUUUUGGUCA